UUGAACUUGUGAAGCCAGCCUUGUGGCGCGGGGUUACCAAAACUUUCGAGUUCGUCAUCAUUUUGUAGGAAUGCUAUAUUAGUAGCAAACAGAUAAUAAAUUAGCAGUUAUCAUCUGACAGGCUACACAGAAACAAUUCCAUUUCUACAAUCUGUUAUUUUGGUCAUUUUAUACUUUGGCAUGUCGAUGUCUAACGGAGAUUAUGUUCGGAUACCACUUUCUGGGAGUUUUGAAGAUCAAGUGGACCAAGAACUUCAAGGGACUUUAGAACAUAAUAUUAACAUUGAAAGUCCAAAAACGGAAUCAAGCCUGGGUCCUUUCAGCUUUAAGUUCUACCAACAGUACUUCGAUGUUGAUACAAGUCAGGUUCUGCAUCGUCUUGCCUCUGCAUUCAUACCUAAUCCGCGUAUAAAUUUCAUUCAACAUUCUCUAAAACCUCGAGCUGAUCUCUAUGGUCCAUUUUGGAUUUCAACUACGUUGAUGUUAACUGCUGCCAUCGGGGGGAAUAUAUCCAACUAUUUGCAGUCACGUCGUGAGGUAUCUUCAUGGCAUUAUGAUUUUCAGAAAGUUACGCUGACAUCAACUAUCAUUUAUGUGUAUUGGUGGCUAACACCAUUGCUUUUGCAUGCAGUUAUGCACAUUCAUCGUAAAAACAAGAAACCCCAGUCAAACGAUGCUGAAAGCGAUCUCACUGACCUAUUGGAACGUUCCGACACUGAUUCAUCAUCAUUUCACAAUGCGAAAAAUGCAAAUAAAUUCUUCGAUGUUCUGUCGACCUAUGGUUAUUCAUUAGCAGUUUUCGUUCCUGUUGCAAUUUUAUGGACAAUUCAGAUUGAUAUACUACAAUGGUUAUUGUUCUUAGUUGGAAUAGGAAUUUCUGGGGCAUUCCUAGUAUUUGCUUUAAUGCCUAGUAUACGCAAAGAAUAUCCAAAGCUUGCAACACCAAUAAUGAUCAUUAUAAUUGUAGUACAUUUUGGUUUUUCAUUAGCUCUAAUGAUUGCCUUCUUUCAUGGAUCUCCACCUGUACUAGAUCCUCUAUCUCAUACUGGUUAUAUACAUCAACAAAAUGUUUUGGAAAAUAAUAAACAACUGUCAAAUAUCACUGUAUUAACUACUAAUAAGCCAGUAUAUCAUUAAUCCAUCUGUUAUUUUAGCUUGAGCACUGCUAUUUUAAGUAGGAAAUUUGUUAAACAACGGUAAUACUAUUAUUACUACUAACACUACUAUUAACUGUUAUAAACCUUUGUACAGGUGCAGUUGAUUCCUUUCUUUCUGUUUGUUUAUUACUGCUUCUGUAUUGUACUAUCAUUUCCACAAUAUAUAAAUGCAUGCAUAACACUGUGAUAUUCAUUGUGUUUCAUUUUUAUUUUAACUAUUUUCAAAAUAUACGGAUUACAUAGUAAUUGAGGUCACGUUUUCUAUUGAGUAGUUGAAAAUGAGUAAUUUAAUGACUGGAUGUUAUAUAAUUCAUUCGGAAUAUUAUUAUUAUUAUUAUUAUUAUUAUUAUUAUUAUUAUUAUUAUUAUUAUUAUUA